UGCUGUCACUUUAAAAAUUUACUGAAAGAGGAGCCCGUCUGGCUUCCGAUCACUCUAGGCGGCGGGAGAUAGCUCCCUUUCUCCCUCGCCCCGGGUUCUUUCUGGAUGGCCGAGCAGAUUCUCUUUAAAGAGACAGUUCACGAAACAGAAACCCGGCGGCUGAGCUUGGAGUUGCGAAGGGGGACGCUCCCGUGAGGGUCUAGGUCUAGGACCUGGGAAGGCGCAGCGGAGGAUCUGAAAGGGGGCUCGAGCUCCCCUCGCCUCCCCAGGCCUCCCACCUUUGCAAACUCUCCUCCUCCCGCCUGUCCCCCCCACCCCCCUCUGGACCUGGGCGAGAGAAGUGGGAGAAGUUUUAGUGGGUUUCAGAUAACUUUCAUUACACAUCGGGCUGAUAAGAGCAAGAGAAAGUGAGAGAAGAGGGAGGUGAUGCGAACCAGAAAGAAGAGCUCUGAGCUCUUGUAGGAAGGGGGGCAGGAGGGGCAAAGCCCAGACACCCCAAACCCGGGUCACCCAGGCGAGAGGAGACUGCUUUUCUGGUUUUUAAAAACACACGGUUGGCGGACAAUAAAUCUGAAACGCGUGGUCCCGGCGAGCCGAUCCUAGAGGCGGACAAAGUUAUCAGAAACCCAUUCGGAAAUCGAGACGCGAGGCUUUUUUUUUUUUUUCUUCCUUUUUUUCUUUUUGAACCUCUCGAAAUGUGGCUGGGGAUCGUUUGAAAGGACUGUCCGGCAGGAAAGCUGGGGGCUGCGGAUGAUGUGAUUGGGUUUGUUUUCCUUCUCCUGUGAUUGCCUUGUCUUGCCGAGUUGAGGCCAUAGAAAUCGCAAGAUCUUAGAUGAGUUUUGCAAUGUGAAGUUCUGCAUAGAUGCUAGUGAACCAGAUGUAGGAAGCUGGCUCAAGUACAUCAGGUUUGCUGGCGGUUAUGAUCAGCACAACCUCGUUGCAUGCCAGAUAAAUGACCAGAUAUUUUAUAGAGUAGUCGCAGACAUCGCGCCGGGAGAGGAGCUCCUGCUGUUCAUGAAGAGUGAAGACUAUCCCCAUGAAACUAUGGCGCCGGACAUCCACGAAGAACGGCAAUAUCGCUGUGAGGACUGUGACCAGCUCUUUGAGUCCAAGGCUGAGCUAGCGGAUCACCAGAAGUUCCCGUGCAGUACCCCCCACUCAGCCUUUUCAAUGGUGGAAGAGGACUUUCAACAAAAACUUGAAAGUGAAAAUGAUCUCCGAGAGAUACACACAAUCCAGGAGUGUAAGGAAUGUGACCAAGUUUUUCCUGAUUUGCAAAGCCUGGAGAAACACAUGUUGUCACAUACUGAAGAGAGGGAAUACAAGUGUGAUCAGUGUCCCAAGGCAUUUAACUGGAAGUCCAAUUUAAUUCGCCACCAGAUGUCACAUGACAGUGGAAAGCACUAUGAAUGUGAAAAUUGUGCCAAGCAGGUUUUCACGGACCCUAGCAACCUUCAGCGGCACAUUCGCUCUCAGCACGUUGGUGCGCGGGCCCACGCUUGCCCUGAGUGUGGCAAAACGUUUGCCACUUCAUCGGGCCUCAAACAACACAAGCACAUCCACAGCAGUGUGAAGCCCUUUAUCUGUGAGGUCUGCCAUAAAUCCUAUACUCAGUUUUCAAACCUUUGUCGUCAUAAGCGCAUGCAUGCUGAUUGCAGAACCCAAAUCAAGUGCAAAGACUGUGGACAAAUGUUCAGCACUACGUCUUCCUUAAAUAAGCACAGGAGGUUUUGUGAGGGCAAGAACCACUUUGCGGCAGGUGGAUUUUUUGGCCAAGGCAUUUCACUUCCUGGAACCCCAGCUAUGGAUAAAACGUCCAUGGUUAAUAUGAGUCAUGCCAACCCGGGCCUUGCUGACUAUUUUGGUGCCAAUAGGCACCCUGCUGGUCUUACCUUUCCAACAGCUCCUGGAUUUUCUUUUAGCUUCCCUGGUCUGUUUCCUUCCGGCUUGUACCACAGGCCUCCUUUGAUACCUGCUAGUUCUCCUGUUAAAGGACUAUCAAGUACUGAACAGACAAACAAAAGUCAAAGUCCCCUCAUGACACAUCCUCAGAUACUGCCAGCUACACAGGAUAUUUUGAAGGCACUAUCUAAACACCCACCUGUAGGGGACAAUAAGCCAGUGGAGCUCCAGCCCGAGAGGUCCUCUGAAGAGAGGCCCCUUGAGAAAAUCAGUGACCAGUCAGAGAGUAGUGACCUUGAUGAUGUCAGUACGCCAAGUGGCAGUGACCUGGAGACAACCUCGGGCUCUGAUCUGGAAAGUGACAUUGAAAGUGAUAAAGAAAAAUUUAAAGAAAAUGGUAAAAUGUUCAAAGACAAAGUAAGCCCUCUUCAGAAUCUGGCUUCAAUACAUAAUAAGAAAGAAUACAGCAAUCAUUCCAUUUUCUCACCAUCUUUAGAGGAGCAGACUGCGGUGUCAGGAGCUGUGAAUGAUUCUAUAAAGGCUAUUGCUUCUAUUGCUGAAAAAUACUUUGGUUCAACAGGACUGGUGGGGCUGCAAGACAAAAAAGUUGGAGCUUUACCUUACCCUUCCAUGUUUCCCCUCCCGUUUUUUCCAGCAUUCUCUCAGUCAAUGUACCCAUUUCCUGAUAGAGACUUGAGAUCGUUACCCUUGAAAAUGGAACCCCAAUCACCAAGUGAAGUAAAGAAACUGCAGAAGGGAAGCUCUGAGUCUCCCUUUGAUCUCACCACUAAGCGAAAGGAUGAGAAGCCCUUGACUCCAGUACCCUCCAAGCCUUCAGCCACGCCAGCCACAAGUCAAGACCAGCCCCUGGAUCUAAGUAUGGGCAGUAGGAGUAGAGCCAGUGGGACAAAGCUUACUGAGCCUCGAAAAAACCAUGUGUUUGGGGAAAAGAAAGGAAGCAACAUUGAACCAAGAUCUGCAUCAGAUGGCUCCUUGCAGCAUGCAAGACCCACUCCUUUCUUCAUGGACCCUAUCUACAGAGUAGAGAAAAGAAAACUAACUGACCCACUUGAAGCUUUAAAAGAGAAAUACUUGAGACCUUCUCCAGGAUUCUUAUUUCACCCACAAUUCCAACUGCCUGAUCAGAGAACUUGGAUGUCAGCUAUUGAAAACAUGGCGGAGAAGCUGGAGAGCUUCAGUGCCCUGAAACCUGAGGCCAGUGAACUCCUACAGUCAGUUCCGUCCAUGUUCAACUUCAGAGCGCCUCCCAACGCCCUGCCGGAGAACCUCCUGAGGAAAGGCAAGGAGCGCUAUACCUGCAGAUACUGUGGCAAGAUUUUUCCAAGGUCUGCGAACCUAACACGGCACUUGAGAACCCACACAGGAGAGCAGCCUUACAGGUGCAAAUACUGUGACAGAUCCUUUAGCAUAUCUUCUAACUUGCAGCGGCAUGUUCGCAACAUCCACAAUAAGGAGAAGCCCUUUAAGUGUCAUUUAUGUGAUAGGUGUUUUGGUCAACAAACCAACUUAGACAGACACCUAAAGAAACAUGAGAAUGGGAACAUGUCUGGUACAGCAACAUCUUCGCCUCAUUCUGAACUGGAAAGCACAGGUGCGAUUCUUGAUGAUAAGGAAGAUGCUUACUUCACAGAAAUUAGAAAUUUCAUUGGGAAUAGCAGCCAUGGCAGCCAGUCUCCCAGGAACACAGAGGAGAGAAUGAAUGGCAGUCACUUUAAGGAUGAGAAGGCUUUAGUGACCAGUCAAAAUUCAGAUUUACUGGAUGAUGAAGAAGUAGAAGAUGAGGUGCUGUUGGAUGAGGAGGAUGAAGACAAUGAUAUUACUGGAAAAACAGGAAAGGAACCAGUGAUGAGUAAUUUACAUGAAGGAAACCCUGAGGAUGACUAUGAGGAAACCAGCACCCUGGAGAUGAGUUGCAAGACAUCCCCAGUGAGUACUUCCCAUGUGCCAGAGGAACUUAACCAGCCGUUACACAGAAAGUCCAAAUCACAGGCAUAUGCUAUGAUGUUGUCAUUGUCUGAGAAGGAGUCCCUCCAUUCGACAUCCCACAGUUCUCCCAACGUGUGGCACAGUAUGGCAAGGGCUGCCGCGGAAUCCAGCGCCAUCCAGUCCAUAAGCCACGUAUGACAUUCCCAAGGUUGACAGAGUGGGACCAAGUCCAGCAGUAGCACGGCUCUUUCCUAUAGGACUAUUUAAAAGACUGCUGAGCAGAAUGCCUUAGAAACCCAAAGGGUCACUCAUUUAAAGUCCGGUGACCUUAAACUGAAUGAGUAAUAAAAGAAAGAAAGCAAAAGAAAGAAAGAAAAAAGGAAACUAUUUAUUCUCGAUAUUUUGUUUUGCACAGCAAAGGCAGCUGCUGACUUCUGGAGGAUCGAUGCGACUGAGAGCGAUUCAAUGAACAUGAAAACCUUGCUGGGGAAAAGGCAUCUUCCAGUCCACCCUGCCCCAGAGAGGGAGUGGGGGUGGGAGGGGCAGUUGAGAUGGCAGCAUUGAUAGGAACGAACACUCCAUAGAAACUGAAUUCUUUUUUUUUUUUUUGUCCAAGAUCACCUGACACAUGAUUGGGAACAGUUGCUUUUAAUUACAGAUUUAAUUUUUUUUUCUUUGUUAAAGUUUUCUGCAAUUUAACCCUUUGAAGAUGGAAGUAGUUGGAUGAAAUGCACACUCGAUUAAUAGAGAAACUGAUAACAGGAAGUACUUGUUUCCCAUUAACUUUUUGCCUUCUUACGUACAUUGUUUAAAAUAGGGAGAAAGGGUAUGUGUAUAUUGUAAACUAUGGAUGUUCAAUGCUCAAAACAAGGUUAAGUAACCUGUCCAUCACCAGUAUCACUGUACCACUACACUAAUACAUGUUUGCCAAAUCCUUGUAAUAACAUCUUUUAUUUUAGACAAUCAUGUCACUUGUUUUUUUUUAAUGUUUAAUUUUUGUGUGUGUUGCGUGUAUCCUGUAUUUAUUUGUUGGCAAACUAUUGUUUGUUGAUUAAAAUAGCACUGUUCCAGUCAGCCACUACUUUCUGAAGUCUGAGGCACGCCCCUUUCCGAAUUUCCAAGGACCAAGGUGACUAGACCUGUGUAUGGGGGUGGUGCCAAACGGUGUUCGGCUUUUCUUAACAUUCCUUUUGUUGUUGUUGUUGUUUUGUUUUCCUUUCUUAAUGAGCUAAAUGCGAAUAGAUGCAACUUAGUUUUUGUAAUACUGAAAUCGAUUCAAUUGUAUAAACGAUUAUAAUUUCUUUCAUGGAAGCAUGAUUCUUCUGAUUAAAAACUGUACCCAUAUUUUAUGCUGGUUGUCUGCAAGCUUGUGCGAUGUUAUGUUCAUGUUAAUCCUAUUUGUAAAAUGAAGUGUUCCAGACCUUAUGUUAAAAGAGAGACGUAAAUAACAGACUGUAUUCAGUUAUUUUGCCCUUUAUCGAGGAACCAGAUUUGUUUUCUUUUUGUUUGUAAUCUCAUUUUGAAAUAAUCGGCAAGUUGAGGUACUUUCUUCAAAUGCUUUGUACAAUAUAAACUGUUAUGCCUUUCAGUGCAUUACUAUGGGAGGAGCAACUAAAAAAUAAAGACUUACAAAAA